CCCCCCCCCCCCACUGUUGACUCUUGUCUCAGUCAUCUCAAUAUUUUUUGUAGGAAAUUAUUUUAUUCAUUGAAUUGUUAAUUUUUUCAAGGUGUAAUCGACUCGAGACUUCUGUUUUGUAUAAAUUAUUGGUUCAAAGUGAGUAAUGCUAUUUAUUCAACAGCGUCAUACUUGCAGUUUACUUUAGAAAUUGACCCAGUGCAUCGUUACACUGCUGUGUUAAAUUAUUAACAAUAAUUUGACAAGGACCGGUAAUUUUAAUUGUAAUUUACGACAGUGAUUAUUAUUCAAUGAUGAAUGGCAUAAACCGGAGUGAGAAAACUAUAGGAAUAUGGAUAUCCGACAAGAAAAGUCAGAAGUUAAAUUGGAAUGAGUUUACUAAUGUUUGUGCUUCACAUGGUUAUAAUCUCAUUAAGCUGGACUUAGAGAGACCACUGGAAGAGCAGGGGCAAAUAGAUAUUUUUUUACAUAAAUUGACAGACAUUUUAGCUGCCGCUGACCAAGGUGAUCCCAAGGCAUCAUCCACAGUUGCCAGGGUAGAACAGUAUUUAUCAAAUCAUUCUAAGGUUAUUGUAAUUGAUCCAUUGGACAAUGUAAGAAUACUUCUAAGCAGGUACAAAUAUUAUUCAAUACUUCAAAAUGAACCAUCAUUUGUAAAACAAGGUAUAUUUACUCCAAACUUUGCUGAAUUUACAACAAACAAUGUCGAAAUGAAUAUUGAAAUUAUGGCACAGAGAGGGGUGCAGUUCCCAGUGAUAUGUAAGCCAAGUGUCGCACAUGGAUCAAAAUUGGCUCACGAGAUGGUUGUUAUAUUUAAUAAGAAGGACCUGAGUGCUUGCAAGCCUCCAUGUGUAGUGCAAAACUUUGUUAACCAUAAUGCUGUACUACACAAAGUAUUUCUAGUUGGAAACAGAUAUCACAUAUGUGAGAGACCAAGCUUAAAAAACUUCUAUGCAUCAGAAAAUCUGACACCAAUAUUCUAUAGCACAGGUGAGGUUUGUAAAGCUGAUAGCCAGUCUACUCUCUCGAUAUUGGACCCUCACGACGUAGCUGAUAUAAGGAUGACAUUAAACGAAGACAAAAUAAGGAGCAUAAUUAGAGUUCUAAGGAAAGAAAUAGGCCUUGUGUUGGCAGGGUUUGAUGUAGUUAUUGAUAAUGUGACAGGGGACCAUGCUGUCAUAGAUAUUAAUGUAUUUCCAAGCUAUGACAAUUUCCCUGAUUUCUUCGAACAUUUCUUAGAAUGUAUUGAUGGGAUCUCCGAUAGAACAACUCCAAAUUUAUGUACCAAUGACACUAGCACAUUUGAUUAUUUAUCAGGCAAGCGAAAUGGAUACAUGAAUGUUAGUUUGUGUCGUAGUAAAUUUGGUGUCAACGGAAUGAAUAUCAAUUAGGUGUCUUUAUUAUGGUAUUCCAAAUUAUUAACAGAUUUGAGAGGUUUACAAAACGUUAGCUAGGUUUUAAGGCAUGUGAAGGAAAUACUACCUUUUCAGUGUUCCUGGGCAUACAUUAGUUAUUUAUUAUGUAUCAAUGUGGCGAAUAUACAAAAAUUAUUGGUAGUAUAGAAAUAUGUACUAUUUAUUUAUUGUGUACCAAAGUAUUUUAAAUUAUAUGCUACUGUAUGCCAAAUUGUUAUAUCGGUGAGUACAAAUGUGAAAAGCAAUUAUUGCCUAUGCAAAAUGAUUAAGACAUUUAUGUAUAUCAUUCCUGGAAUAAAAGCAUUUUGCGAUAGCUCCAUACAUAGAUUAAAAAUAUUCCAUGAUUCUUUGCUGCAGAGGUAUGGAAGCAGUAUUACCUUUAAUAAAAUUUAUGUUAUUAAGGGAUUUUAUGUCAUAAUUAUUUUGGAUAUAAUACAUUUUUAUUAACUUCCUAUUUAUCGUUUUGAUAAAAUCAAAAUUAAAAGUCAUUUAUUUUUUGCAAAUUGGCUUAUAAAAGGCUCUUUUACACGUCCCAGUCCCACUUUAUCUCUACCACUGCUUUGUGACAAUAAAACUGCUUCUAGUAAAAACUUAACCUUAAAAAAAAUAUACUUUAAAUAUUUACUAACCAUUAUUUAUGGAUCUGUCCUACGACAUUGAUAGUAUUGUUAUGAUGACAAAACUCAAUGUCGCUUAUUGCAUUAUAGGUCUUACUAAAACACAAUAAGGUUCACACUAAAUUUGAAACAUGAAGUUUGAGGAAAAUCUUAUGAAUAAGAAUUAAAAACACAACCUUGGUUUACAUUAUAAUGGUCACGCAGUGUCACAAUAGUAGCAGACGUAGAAAAAGUGAGUAAAUAAAAGGAACUUAACUGUUCACUUCAGAUUUCAAAGGAAUACCAAACUAUACAAAAUUAAAUUAAAUAGAAAUAUAUUAUAUAGCUUACGAUUUAAACACUUACAAUAUUGUAUCAAAAUAUAAUUUGGUUAUUGUUAACCUGAUAUUUUAAUAUACAUUCCAAAUAUUUUUUUAGUGGUAAGUAACAUAAUAAUAUGUAUGCAUUGAUAAAAAAAUCAAUUUAAACGGUUUGAAUGUACAUAAGUAUGUAUAUAAUUUGCAAAUGAAAUAGUACAUAAUUUUGUAUUGUGUUCUAUAAUAACAAGAUAUAAGAUUUAUUUUUUAUUUAGAAUACGUCUGUUCCGAAUAACUUAUAAAUAAAAUUAAUAACAGGUAGCUUACAAGAGAUGGAUCCAAUAAUUAUUGGAAAUUAAUGUUUGCUUGACUAAACUUUUUGGGGAUAAAUAAUAUUGGGAAUGGGUGUAACUGAGAAAAAAAGAAUAUUGAAGAUAUAUUUUAUAGCUGACAAUAUUGCCUUAUGACAGAUAUGCCUUUAAACAUAAACACAACACAUAAUUAAUUGUAUAUUUACACAUAAUAUUCACUAACACAAAUUGCAUAUAACAUUCAAAUACGAUAAAAUUUAUUAAUGACGCUUAAUAAAUUUUGCUAUCCUGUAAUGAGUACAUAAAAUAUAAUUAAAUAGAUAUUAUAAAGUGUAUAAUUUAUAAUAUUUAAACAUAUAAUUAGCAUUUGCCUUGCUAGAAUGUAUACUGUUUAAUAAAUUAUUAAGGAUGUAUAAUCACAUUUUUGUGUGACCAUAUUUAUUUUUAUAGGCAGCUAGUAGAAUUUAGUAGCCUCGUAGGUAUUAUUUUGUAAUGUACGUGUUUGAGCAAUUUAUUUUUAUUCUUGAUACAAUAUUGAUACUGUUAUUGUUUUAACGAGGAGUUGAUUUUUGUAUAAAGUGACAGUGAGUUAAUAUGAUGCCGUCACUUCACUUGGUUAUUCGUAUUUACAAUUUGAGGAGCUGGCGAAUAAAACGAAAGCGAAAUUAUUGAAAAAUUAACUCUACAUGAGCAGUAAAAAACUGAAUGACACACCAACAGUGAGGUUUUGGCGUGCUUUUUAAUUUAUUAAUUUAGUAUUUUUAACACUAUUUUAGGAGAUUUUGAUUGAAAAUGAGUUGAAAUUGAAAUUUAGCAGGGCCUAAUCAUAAAGAUAAUCAAAAUCAUUUCUUCAGUUUAGGCUGUUACAAGCACAUAUGAAUGUCUAGAAGCUAUGCCAGCGGUUCGUAAAUCUACGGCGGGAGAUCUUGUACUAAGAAGAACCGGCAAGAAACUCAGCAAGGGCUGUUUUUUUUCUCCCUGUUUUAUCAUUUACAGAGUCGUCAAGUUGAAAAAUGACUUCAGAGAUGAUUCAUGAAGUCACCUUUCAUUACAUUACCUAAACCUCCGUACUGUGAAAAAAAGUAUUUUGACCAUAUGCGUAAUUGUACCGUUUUGUUCGCCAGCUCCUCAUUUGUAAACUGUACCCCUAGCACGAACCAUUAUCGAAUUCGAAUAGUUUGCAAACCGAAAUGUCAAUGACAAAUUUUGUAUGGAAACUUGAACAGCAGCGGCACAAAAUACGUAACGAGAACUAAAAAUCAGUACACUUUUGACAACGACAUUUCGGCCUCGCAAACGAUACGAAUUUAAUAUUGGUUCGUGCUAGGGGUACUGGACACCAUUCUGUCCUUAUCAUGCUUUAUAGGGAAUGAAAAGGACAAACUGAUGUCAAGUUUACAAAUAGCACACACGAAUAGCCAAGUGAAGCGCGGCAUGAGUUGUCAAACGUAAUCUUAGACGACUGUUUUGAUUUCGUUUAUAGUAUGUAUAAUGCGAUUCAACUAACAAUAGGACGGACUGGGCGCCAUAUUUUGACGUCAUAGCUGUCAAUUACAACCAAAUAGGUAGAGUGAGCAAUAAUUUUUUGCUAUUUAAUAAAACUUAUUUACUACGAUUAAGUGAGACAAAACAUCAGAUUUUUAAUAAAAUUAAUGUACUAAGGUUGAGAAAGAACACAACCGAUUUUUAAUAGUAUUUCUUUAUUAAGACUGUGUGAAAAAAAAUAUUAAUCAGAAUCUAGCUCUUUUAUUUCGCUCAUCUCUGCAUUACCGCCCGAGAAGUUAUGAAUAAUCAUGCAGGUCACAUACGAACAUGCAUUCUAUAUGUAAACGAAAUUUUUAAAUCGACUUUCUGAACGCAACAUAAAGUGACAUUUGGUUGACGAUUUAGGUUAUCAAACCAUUCAUAGCCAAUACUCAAUAAGUGAAAAAAAAAACAGAUAAUAUUAAUUAUCAACAUUUGUUAUUGUUUGUUUAAAAAUGAUUGGUUUUUAUUCUAGAAUCAGCCGAAUGCUAAAAAAGUGUUUCGAGAUUUUUUUGUAAACCGUACUUUUCAAGCGACAUUUGACAGAUGGAGGUCAUUGGCUUUCCUAUUCUUAUUUGAAUCGCAUUAUAAUAUUGCUGCGUUUCGUUUACUGAAUUGCAAUUAAAGCAACAUAUAACAUAGUACAGUCAGCAACAGGUCAAGUAACAACAAUUUUAAGUGUUAAACUAAGCAUAGCCUGUAUUAUGGUAACUUAAUAACGCGAGUACAUUAAACAUGAUAAAACCAAACCUGGAGCAAAUAUUUGUGCUCAUCAUCAUCAUCAUCAGCCUAUUAAUUCAAUUCAAAUUUAUUUUCAUUUAUUUCGACCAAACAAGGAUCAUAAUCAUUACAAUAGGGAUGAUGACUUAUUUUAUUUUCUUCGUUUAUCAGGUAGAUUAUCAAAAAGUAUUGGACACAUAUUUUUUCUUAUUUCACAUAAUAUAAACAUUGCAGAGAUAUAUUGAUUUGAAAAAUCGCAUGACGUCACGUUUUGGUACAAUUUUUACUUGAAAGUGACGUCACGAGCCCCUACUCCCAAACUUUGACGCGCUAUAUCUUUGUCAUUUUUUGGUUGGUUGCCCAAAGAAAAAAUACUUGUCCAUUAUUUUUUGAUCAUCUAACUGACGGGACUAAAUAGAAUUUCGUUUACUGUACCCCGUCAUCAUGCCUAUUAAUAUAUUCAUUUACAUAAAUAUUCCACUAAUC